AUGGUCGGCGGAGGCGUCGCCCCUCCCGGCCCGAACCACGCCCCAGGAGGUUGGCAUACGAAAUCCAAAUAUGAUCCUGAAGGCAACAGCAACAAGCAACAACAAGCAACAACAGCAACCAUAGAACGCCAUGGCCCGUACAAGCAGACAGCCCGCAAGUCCACCGGUGGCAAGGCCCCGCGUAAGCAGCUGGCCACUAAGGCCGCUCGCAAGUCAGCACCCACCGCCGGCGGUGUCAAGAAGCCGCACCGCUACCGUCCCGGUACGGUCGCGCUGCGUGAGAUCCGCAAGUACCAGAAGUCGACGGACUUGCUGAUCCGCAAGCUGCCGUUCCAGCGUCUGGUGCGUGAAAUCGCGCAGGACUACAAGACGGAUCUGCGUUUCCAGUCCACGGCCAUCCUGGCUCUUCAGGAGGCUUCAGAGGCCUACCUCGUGGGUUUGUUCGAGGACACGAACCUGUGCGCCAUCCACGCCAAGCGUGUCACCAUCAUGCCCAAGGACAUUCAGCUGGCCCGACGCAUCCGCGGCGAGCGCACAUAAGCCUUGUUGGUAUGUUGAUCUCUCUUUGAGCUGCACGCAGCUUCUUUUUCUUAUCGCCAGUUAGCUUUCUUUGGCUUGCUGUGUGUGAUGGGGCGUAGUACAAGCACGCAACCCGUAGUAUUUUAGCCUUAUUAUUUGCAGUAAGAAAAUCUUGCAACACGAAACGUU